UAAAUUGGUCGUUUUGACGUCGCGGAGGAGCAUCGUGUUGAGCAUCCGACACACACCCCCUCCCCGCCAAACACACACACUCUCUCACACAGCGCCACACGGAGUGUAUCACAGGAGACUAACAUCCCAAAGGCGGCUCGCUCGGACAGCGUGUGAAAUGACUUCACAUCACACCGACAACUACAAACAAUACAGCACUUACUCUUCUGACCGUUCGACAGGCUCGGCAUAACUUCGACUUCGUCCUCACAAAAAACCUUUCUACCUGGAGAGACUGACUGAGAGCAGGGAAGAGACAACGGGCGUGGAAGAAACGGUUUGUUUGACUAAAGAGAGGCAGUUUUUUCUCUCUCGUGUCCUUUUUGACCGGUGUUUGUGUCCGCUGGACUGUACCCCAGAUGACAGUAGGACUUGUGGACGGGGAGCUCGCCGCCUUGCCUGGUGACAAGCUGUGCUCCUGAUUUCCUUCGCGCCCCUUUCACUUCUCAAAACGUUCAGUUCCAGGAGGUGAGGAAAGUCCUGAGAGAAUGUCGAGUCGUGGGGUGAAGAAUGAGCUGCUGGUGUAUUGCUUUUAGACUGGCCUAUCUGAUGUGUCCAUGGGAGUAUAUUGUCCUAAGCCUUCACUGCUGGGUUCUAGCCUCCGCUGCUGGCUCCCGUGAUGCCGCUGGUACAUUUGGGUGGCUCCUUUCAGACAAAGGGCCUUUUCAUCACUCUCAGGAAUUUGCGGAGUUCGUGGAGCGCUACCAACAGGGCUUUACCACCAAGUACAAAAUUUACAGAGAGUUCGGACGCUGGAAGGUGAACAGCUUGGCUCUGGAAAGAGAGGACAAUGGCAUUCCUUUCCCUCUCGACCCAGAGUUCAUGCAGACCAUCAGGCAGCUGGGCCGUCGUCCCACCCUCAGUAGCAUCACUGAGAACAUCAUCAAGAAAUAUGGAACACACUUCCUGCUCUCAGCUACAUUGGGAGGUGAGGAGGCUUUAACUAUAUUUGUAGACAAGAGGAGGCUGAGCCGGACAGCAGACCUGACCGACGCGAACAGCACGGCUGUGACUCUGGAGGCACUCCACCAGCUGGCUGCCUCCUACUUCAUAGACCGAGAGAGCACACUGCGCAAGCUGCACCACCUCCAGAUCGCCUCCACUGCCAUCAAGGUGACCGAAACAAGGACAGGCCCUCUAGGAUGCAGUAACUAUGACAACCUCGAUUCUGUCAGUUCAGUUCUGGUUCAGAGUCCUGAAAACAAGAUUCAUUUACAAGGGCUUCAAGCCAUUCUGCCAGGAUACCUGAGAAGUCGAUUUGUCCAGGCAGCUCUCAGCUACAUCGGCUGCCACUCUGAGGGUGAAUUUAAGUGCAAGAACAACGACUGCUGGUGUCAGUGCAGUGUGGAUUAUCCUCAGUGUAACUGCCCAAGUAAGAACCUGGAGGCCAUGCAGGACAGCCUGAGGCUCAUUAGAGAGUCUUGGACCCAAGCCAACCAGGAGUUUGAGGAAUCAGAGGAGUUCCAGAAUUUUGUGAGGAGAUUACCAACAUUCUAUGCUCUGAACACAUCUGCUGUGCAGUACUUUUGGAAAAUGGACCCUGGUGUUCACCAGCGCUUUCAACUGCUGGAAACUAGCACCCGACAGCUCCUCAGCAAAGCACAGCGGAUAGUCAGCAAGCUCUUCUCCCUCAGUAAAAGAUGCCGAACUCAGCCCAAAACAUCUGUGCCCAGAGAGAGGCCUUUCAGCUACUGGCUGAACUACAUCCUCUCCAUUAUGUACUGCAGUGAAAACAACCAGAUAGGCACCUAUAUGGAGGAGACGCGGGCCUGCUCUUGUCAGUAUGAACCACCAUCCUGCCAGGGUGUCAUUCCAUGCAUGGUGGGUGAUGGGCCCCUUUGUGCCUCAUGCUCCUAUGAGAACCGCUCGCGGUGUGCUAGCUGCAAUCCGGGUUACAUGCUGAGCCAGGGGACCUGUAGGAACAUCAUCCCUGACUCAACUGACAACUACAUUGGUUUUGAGACAGACCUUCAAGACAUGGAGAUGCGUUAUCUCCUCCAGAAGCGAGAUGGAAGAAUUAGCAUUCACGCCAUGUUUAUUAGCAACGAUGUGAGGCUCAACAACUGGUUCGAUCCCUCGUGGAGGAAGAGGAUGCUCCUGACACUGAAAAGCAACAAGUUUAAGUCCAGUCAUGUCCACAUGCUGCUGGGUAUCUCCCUCCAAAUCUGCCUUACUAAGAACAGCACCCUGGAGCCUGUGCUGUCCGUAUACAUCAACCCAUUUGGAGGUAGUCACUCUGAGAGCUGGAUCAUGCCCAUAGACCAGAACAAUUACCCUGACUGGGAGAGGACCAAGUUAGAUAUCCCACUUGACUGUUAUAACUGGACAUUAACUCUGGGAAACAAGUGGAAGACAUUUUUCGAGACAGUGCACAUAUACUUGAGGAGCCGCGUCAAAGCUGCCUCAGCCCAAGGGAAUGGCACUGUCUAUUUCGAGCCAUUGGAGUACUUGGACUCCUCGCGGAAUCUGGGUUACAUGAAAAUCAACAGCAUGCAGGUGUUUGGUUACAGUAUGCACUUUGAUCCAGAGGCCAUCCAGGAUUUGAUCCUGCAGCUCGACUACCCUUACACACAGGGCUCACAGGACUCAGCCCUGCUGCAGCUGCUGGAGAUCCGAGACCGGGUGAACAGGCUUUCUCCACCAGGCCAGCAGCCUCUGGACCUCUUCUCUUGCUUACUGCGCCACCGCCUGAAACUCUCCGCAACCGAUGUGGUCCGAAUUCAGUCUGCUUUGCAAGCCUUCAGUGCCAAGCAGCCAAAUUCAAUGGAGUAUGAAACCACCAAAUUAUGUAGCUAAUCAGGCUCUUCACACUGUCGUUGUAGUUGUUGCUUCUACUAUAGCAUAGACCCGAUCACACUUUGGAGAAAUUCUGAACUGCUGCUGGGGUCAUUUUUUCCCCCCGGGGCAUUAGUUAGAACUUUCAGUAAUGAAGUGAACCCUUUCAAAAAAUGGGCCCACACCUUGCCUUUUUCGUUUUUAAACUGCAGUCUUACAGUACAGGUUUAUAGUGUUUCAGUAGCAACUGACAUUUAGUUUUCAGAAGAGCAGCACAGAUCCUUAUAAAUAAGAGUAGUUCAAAUGUAAACAUGUAGAAAAUGGCUUUCACUUCUUUUUAGCAUGUCUUUUUUUAAUUGCAUCACUCUCUGUGGCUUAUGUGCGUAACAGAGGCAGUAAACAUGCGUUAAGCCAGAUAGUGUCAGUUUUAUCAGGCCCACCUAUGGGGAAGAGCCCAGACUACUCAACUGUACUGUUCUGUCUAUCAGUCCUGUAACACUUACAUGUACCACUAUCUGAGUCGGCAGCAGAAGUUUUUGUUUGUAGAACUAUUUUUCAGAUAUUUGUACAAAUAUGAAUAGAGGAUGAAUUUUGUUGAAAAACAUGAUGCGUCAGUUCUAAUUCUAUGUUCUGUUACAUGUGCUUUUAUUUUUAUAAACUUAUUAUUUGUGACGAGUUAAUAUCCAUAAAGUGUAUAGAACAUGAGUUUGUUAAUACACUAAAUAAAGGAUGUUUUCUA